ACAGACAGAAGAGAGAGAGAGAGAGAGGCAGGAGGAGAGAAUUCAGUUGUGCUUGGUUUUCCAAAGGGGACAGCCUUGGGGUUUGGUAUUCGUUGUGUGCUCGCGUGUCUGUGUGCUGUUUUCUUUUCUCCCCUCCUGCAGGGAGGCCAGGCCCCGACUGGAUAAUAAAAGGACUCAGAGGCCAGGCGGGCAGAGUGAGGCCCGUGCAGGACAGGAGGAAGGAAGGGAAAGGGGAAAGAAUAGAGGUGAGGGGUGUUGGGGUGGGGAGUAGGAGGCGGUGAGAGGAAGCAGAGCAGCUGUGGCAUUCAGACAAGUAUAAAUAGCCUCCUGCGCCUGCCCCGGACAGAGCUCUGGCCCCCGGGGUUUGCAGCUGCAGCAGCUGGACAAGCAGGCCCGGUCGCCGUCUGCUCUGGCGCCCUGUGUGCUGGGCACAGGGCUGGGCGGUGGGCAAGCACGGCCCCUGGGGGCUCCGACUGACACCCCUCACCAUUGCCACAUCCCUGGAUGCUCUCCCAGCCAGCCAUGCUGCUGGCUGGCCUCCUCCUCAUGGUGGCCACCACAACUGCAGCUCAACGGAGGGGACAGGAGGCAGGGGGGCGCCGCAGAGCACACCGAGUCCAGCACGGCCAGUGCAGCUACACUUUCGUGCUGCCCGAGCCUGAGCCCUGCCCGCUGGAGCCUGAGACCUUUGGGGGCCCCAACAGCCUCCAGAGGGAUUCCCCAGCGGCUGCACUACACCUGGGGGACUGGCCAACUCAGCGGGUGCGGCAGCUGGAGAAAGUGCUGGAGAACAACACGCAGUGGCUGCAGAAGCUAGAGAGGUACGUCCAGAUGAACUUGAGGUCGGAGCUGGCACAAGCCCAGCAGCACAUGGUCCAGAACCAGACGGCCACCAUGCUAGAGCUGGGCACCAGCCUCUUGAACCAGACCACCGCCCAGACCCGCAAGCUGACCAACGUGGAGGCUCAGGUCCUCAACCAGACGUCCCGCAUGGAGAUCCAGCUGCUAGAGACCUCCCUGUCCACCAACAAGCUGGAGAAGCAGCUGCUGCUGCAGGGCCAUGAGCUCCACCGGCUGCAGGGCCAGAACAGCGCGCUGGAGACGCGGGUGCAGGCUCUGGAGACGCAGCAGCAAGCCGAGCUGGCCAGCCUCCGCGGCGAGAAGGAGCGGCUGCGGCGCCUGCUGGGCCGUCAGAGCGGCGCCCUCGCCGGCCUCGAGCGCAGCCUGCGCGCCGCCAGCAGCAACUCCAGCCUCCUGCAGCGCCAGCAGCGCCAGCUGCUGGAGUCGGUGCAGCGCCUGGUGAGCGCGGUGGCCCAGGGCCCGGCCUCCAUGAGGGCAGCUGAGCAGGUGUUUCAUGACUGCGCAGAGAUCCAGCGCUUCGGGACCAAUGCCAGUGGUGUCUACAGUAUCCAUGUGGGCAACAUGACAGAGCCCAGGAAGGCUCACCUGUUGCUCUGUGGGGGUCCAUCAGCUGAGUCACAUUUGAGCCAGCCCAGACCAGGCUCUGGGGCCUCCAAGAGUUUCCAGCUGCCCCCCCAACUCCAUUCCCUCCAGGUGUUCUGUGACAUGGAGGCCAAUGGAGGCGGCUGGACCCUGAUCCAGCGCCGUGAGAAUGGCAGUGUGAAUUUCCAGCGGAACUGGAAGGAUUACAGACAGGGAUUCGGCGACCCAGCCGGGGAGCACUGGCUGGGCAAUGAGGUGGUGCACCAGCUCACCAGCCGGGCAGCCUACUCUCUGCGUGUGGAGCUGCAAGACUGGGAAGGCCAUGAGGCCCACGCCCAGUAUGAGCAUUUCCAGCUGGGCAGCGAAGGGCAGCUCUACAGCCAGGUUCUUGGUGUUUAGGAAAAGAAAGAGCACUUAUUGAGCACCUACUAUGUCCUACGCACAUUACUUCAUUUAAUCCUCCCCAUAACACUUUCAGGUAUGCAUUACUGAACCUACCUUAGUAAUAUGGAAACUGAGGUACUGAGUUUAAGUACCUCAUCCAAAGGGUACUUAACUUACUGUUAAGUACAAGUUAAGUACAGUCUGGAUUUGAACUCAGGUCUCCCUGCCAUGGUGUUGCCUUUCUGGGAAACUCAAGCAUCUCAAAGAUAAGUCUGGGUGUUGGCUAUCUCUGAACCAGGACAGAAUGUGAUCUAUGGCCUCACACUCACCAGGAUGCAAAGGACCUCACACAUCACCUGGCUCUUCAAAGGCUGCCAGAAUCCUCUCCACAGUUGCAGUCACCAUUCAGAUGCUGGAAUACCUCCACUACACUGGAGGUUACUUCCUUCUAAGGAAUCCCUGAACCUCCUGUCCCAGAAUCCCAAAUCUCUCUGCCCUUUAACACAUUUUAUACCUGAUUCCACUUCUGAGUACUUACUAUCAUGACCCCACCUCUCUUCUUAUUAAAUUUUCCCUAUUUCCCCCAGCUAGGUAGGACCCACCACAAUCUAAUAAUGUUCCUAUUUAAAGUGCAAGGUCCAGAGCUGAAUGGGACACAUUUCCUGAGUCUAGGUUGGGGAGAGCUGAGCUUGAUGCCCCCUACUCCUCACAACUGACCAAGGAGUACACACAAUACCCUGCCAACUGGUACUUAAGCCACUGACCACCAAGCAAAGAUUUAAGUCCUAAUUUCAUCACUAUUUCCCUGAAUGACUCUGAGCAAGUCCCUCCACCUUCUCAUCUGUAAAAUGGGUGCCCUAAGUGUAACUACCACAUUCAGAGUGUUAUGUGUCUUAAAUGAGACACCACACAUAAAACAUUAACACAUGAUGUGACAUGUAGUAAACAUUCAGCAAAUAAUACAAUUGCUGUCCUGAGGCAGCCCUUUAUACCCUUAGCUGGCCUGCUCUGUGUGACCUGGGACCAGACCUGUCUUAUUCACUGCUGUUUCCAUCCCCAGUGCCUGGUAUAUGAUAAGUGCUUAAGAGAAAGCUGUCUUUCCUAUACACAUAGCAAUUGAGCAGCAACUUCUGUGGUCCCAAGUGCAGGGACUACUAUUUGUCUUGGGGAUGAAACAUCAGAAGAAGCAUCUCAUUGUACUAAAGAUACAGGCCCUGGAGCCAGACUACCCAGGUAUGGGUCCUGGCUCCAUCACUUACUGGCUCUUAGGCAGGUUACUUAACCUCCACGUGCCUCAGUUUCCCCAUCUGUAAAAUAUAGUGUCUAUAUCAUAAAUAGGAUAAUCUAUAGUAGAACACAUAGUAUAUAGUAAGUGUUAAAUAAAAAUUGGAGAUAUGCAAACAAUAUAUUCAAAGGCAGGAAUAUAACAUUUCUGCCAUCUACCCAAUUAUCCAUAAUAUUUGUGUCCAUCCAUGCAAAUACGUACAUGUCUGUUAGAUUUGGAUCCUCUUGCCGUGCUUUCACAUGUGAACUUGAUGCCCUCUCUGCCUGUCCGUCUGAGCUGUGGAGAGCUCCCUGCCCACAGCUCCAGAGAGUUGUGCCCACAUUUACUUGACCUUCUGCAGAGCCUUAAAUAAUAUUGAACACUCGCCCUGUGCCAGGCGUGUGCUGGUACUAGUCAUUUUAGGAAGAAUUGGAGUGGGCUCUACCUCUCAAAGUCAUUCACAAGUUAAGUGUGGGGUGUGUGUGUGUCUGGGGUUGGGCAUGUCCACAGGCAACCCCAUCUGUCCAGGGAGACAAGAGGUGCUGAAAAGGAAAGCACGGGGGACAGGGAGAUGAGUGUAGCCAGUGAAGACUCCUUGGAGGAGGUGACACCUGUAAUGAAUAGGUAUUCUUUAGACAAAGAAAGGCUAGGAAGGGCACACCAGGCAAUGGGGAUGUUCUGAAAAAAAGCAGAGAGAGAGUUAACAGCCAGCCAUGCCACACAUACCCUAAACAGGAGCGAGACUCUUUUAAGUUCUGCUAGAUCAUAAGGAAAAAUGUCUACUUCUUCAGGAAAAGCCUAGAGGGAUUGUGGUUGGAGAUCCUGGAAAGCAUGGGGGUGGGGGAGAGUAACAGAGCAGGCAUCGGUUCCCCCACCUUACAGGGUCACCUGGCUGGUAAGGUGAGGAGGAUCCCCAUAAGGAAGCCCAGAGGUGGAGCGUGUGCACAGUCAGCAGCUGGGGGGCAGGGGUGGGGUGGGAGGAGCUCCUCGGUUGUCAGAUACAGGUGUGGGGACCUCAUGGAGCCUGGUUGGUGUACAUGUUUAAGCCUCUGAAGAAAUGGCCACCGGGUGGGGAGGAUGAGAGAAGGCCCAGACAGGGCCCUGGAGUCUGCCUUCCACAGGUGCCCACCACCCAGGCCCAACAAGCAGAACAAGAGGUGUGCAGAGAAACUGGGGGACAGAGACACACAUGUACCUUGGAGGGCCUCACCACACCCCUGGGCUAUAUGCAUAAGACUGCAGAGAAAGUGGCCGGGGCAGGGGACUUCAGAGCACACACACACACUAUACUCACAAGCACACACAAAGACACACCUAGACACGUGCAAACAUGCCUUUCAAGAACUUUCACAAGUACAACACAUACAAGCCCAGGUACAGAGACAGAUUCCAGAGCACAUGCUCAGACUCACAGUAGAUAUCCCAGCACAAACUCAAUACUGACACGCGUGCACACACAGGCAUAAGGUAUACAAUCCAAAUGCUCACAACUAUGGGCAUACAAACUCACUCACGGAUCCACAGAUGCAAAGAAAUUACACCUUGUGUGUUUUACUUGGGGACUCCCAAGACACUCACCUAUUUGAAUUUCCUUAGGCCUGAGCCAUGGACACAUUUAAGAGCAUCUGAAGUGGCAGGUCCCUGGCCCAUGACUUGGGGUCCUCCAGAGGUCACAGAUCCUGAUCCUGCCUUCCAGAGGGGAUGGAAAUAGAGGUAAAGGCUGAGUAGAUGACUUAGGAACAACAGAGGGGCUGGUGUUGCUGGAGUCAACCUGUGAGACCAGACACCUUUGCUCAGCCUUGAUUCUACUGAGCCCCAGAUUGAAUGUGACCCCAAACCUCAACCUCAGCAGAAGCCCAGAACCUGGCCUUGAGCUGACAUCACUGAGCCCUGAAGGGAGCACUCAGUGGCCACGAGAAGGGUGGGCCAGCCUGCCUGUCCCCACUACAGGGAGCCCCUGGGCAGGCGGGCAGGCCUCUUUGCAGGGGGCAUUUGCAACACCAGUCCUGUGAGCCCAGAGUAGCAGGUGAAGAGCAUAGUUAGAACAUCAUGGCUGCUCAUUGCCAUCUGGACCCCAACGGCUGCACCCCUGCCUCCCCACAGCCAGAGCCCGUGGGUGAGAGGUGUGAAGACUGAGCCAGCCACAUGCUCAGGCCCCACACUCCUUCUGGACACCACUGGGAGACUCUGCAGAGCUUCCUUGAGCUGCAGGGCUGCAUCUGCCAUGCACUUGCCUCCGCCCAGCAGGACCUCCUGAGCUGCUUCCAACCU